AAAAAGACUAAUGUUUACAUUGAGGUUUAAUUUCAUUUCAAUUUAAAAGAAAAUGAUGGCCACUAGAUGGCAGUAGCAAUUAUGUGCAUACAGAGAAACGGAUAGCCAACAAUUCAGUCGGGGAUUACCCGGAAUGCUGACGCCAAGCGGUGGUUGAGAGGUUGGAUGAUUACUGUGAAGAUGAAAAGAAACGUGGAUUGAAAGAUUAGAAACAGAAAAUAGAAUCAUUUUACCUGAAGUAUUUACAUUUUUUAAGAUGGAAUUAAAGCAUGGUUUGGCGAGGUCCCAUUUCAGCACAUCGCAGAAUGGUGCAUUUUCAUUUCAGUGGAAAAUACAUAAUUUUUCUUGUUUACAACGAGGUUUUCCUAUUUCAAGUCCGAAAUUUUAUUAUAAAGGCAGUAAAUACCCUUGGUUUUUGGAACUUACAGCUUCGUACGUAUGUACCAAUAAUUUUCUCUUAUUAAAUCUAUGUAACGAUUCUAAAGAUGAUGAUAUUGAUUUAAAUUUUACAAUAACUGUAUCUCAAAACCAGGGAAUAUCAUUUUAUACAAAUAGUGAUUCUGCAUUUCGUUUUUCGAUUUGGAAUCCUGUAAUGUUGCUACCAAACGUAAAACUACCGAUAUCAUUCUUCAUUGAUGUCCUCAACAUCACUUGUACUAUUGAAGUAACUGGACUAGAAGUUGAGAGUCAUACAAAGACAGUGACAAGCAUAUCUCCUAACCUCAAAAGUUCAGAAUCCCAAAGCAAUCAACAAAGCUCUGCAAAUGAGAUGCAUAAUAAUUCUGGAAAAGCAGACCGGAAGGAACAAGGGGCCAACUCACUCUUGAAGGAAAAGAAAGGUGAUGAAUCCUUUCUGAAAAUUGCAGAUUCAGUAGUUCCCCAGCGAACUCAGUCUUCCGGAUCGGAAAAUACUCCAGACGAUAGCCCUGAUCUUGAAACAUUGAAACAACUUUCGAUCGAUUUAAAAAGGAUGCUUACCCAAACCAUGAAUUCUGAUGUCACGAUUCGAGUGGAAGAUAUCACCAUCAAANCGCAUAAAAAUAUAUUGUGUGCAAGAUCACAAGUGUUUUGCCGUAUGUUCGAACAUUCCACAUUAGAAGUUGCGAACAAUGAGAUUGAAGUGACAGAUAUUCGAGCUUCCAUUAUGAAAAAACUCAUCAACUACUUGUACUGUGGUGAAAAAGGUCGCCUUCAAUACGAAGACGCGUGUGAGCUUUACUACGCAGCUGAUAAGUAUGAGAUUUUGUAUCUUAGAGAAGCUUGUAUGAAAGAUCUUUUAUGUUUACUUGAUGUGAACAACGCCUGUCCAAUGCUCAGUCUGGCAUAUCGCCACAGUGACGAGGUUUUCAAAGAACAAAUAAUGAACUUUAUUUCUAAGAAUUUUAUUUCUAUUGUUAAAACAGAAUCAUGGAUAGAAUUAACAGAUAAAGACACGAAACUAGCUGCUCUUUUAAUGCGUUAUUGUGCUGAAGCUUUGACUAAGUAGGUCUGCUUUUGGUUUAAUUUUCUUAUAAUAUUGUUAUAUAAUAUAAGAAGUUAAUUUUAGGUAAUUUCAAACAUGUAUAUCAUUAGACAUGCAUAUCAUAAACAUGUAUUACUUAUUAUUAUCUUCAAACAUGUAUUUAUAAAAGAAACAACAGCUAUUUCAAAGUAAAAUAAAAUUCUAUGUUUUAUUAGUUUGAACUGUGUAAUAAAUAUGAAAUAAUAAGUUUUUAAUUUACGUAAUUAUGAAAUCUUAUUAAAUAUUGUCACUCAGGGAGUUUUAAUAUUCUGAGCCAAAGUAUUUUUUUUUCUUGUUCUGACUUUUGUGUCCCUGUCUUUGUUUCCAGAUAAAUACUUAUCUAUUUUCCGGAAUUUCCGUUUGAAUGCAAAUAAAGAUCCUGACAAUUAAAACAAUUUUUUAUUACAAUACUUACUUCCAUUGUUAAAUCACAAGCUUUCAUUUUUGUCUGAAUAUUCUCUUUUUGUUUUUAAAUUGAAACAAAAUCUAUAAUUUUUUAUUAACACUUUGACGGAGAUAGAACACCAAUGUUCCUUACAUAUAAGGAUUUUUCUGACUUUCUAAUUAUAAGAAAAAUAUAUUUGGUGCUUUUAAUUUGUAAGAAACAGUCCAACGUCACUUAAAAAAUCUGUGUGGAAUUAACUAAAACAUGAAAUCCUAAAAAGUAGUUAGUAAUUUUUUUUUUUCAUAUUGAAAAAAAUUUAUCAAUAAUUUAUUUUAUAAAUUAAAAAAAUUUCAAUGAUGAAUAGCUGUUUGUCUUAAAUAUAAAUAAGUACAAAUUUGAAAAAUUGUUUAGAAGUGACUCAUGUCUGGAAAAUGUUAGCCUUAACGUAGGAAAAAAGAGACAAAUGUGUUUGAUGCUGUAUUUCUUAACCAAAAAUCAUUAAAAGACUAAGUAUAAUAUUUUCCACUUAUUGUGAUCUAAAUUGAUUCAAAAUUAUGAAAAAAGUAUGAAAUAUAGAAACCAAAGUGUUUUAAAAGUAAUUUAUUAUGAACAUAGCUAAAGAAUUAUUUUUAGCAAUGUAAUUUGAUUCUAUAUAUUGGCAGAAUAAAAUGUUUAUCUUUAGACAUA